GUUGCGAACCGUUUAGUCACGAUUAAGUGCGGAUGCAUAAAAGAAAUGUCUUCUUCAGUGCUAGUGGUUUUAUCAGUUCUGGUCUCAGCCAGAGCCGCUGUUCUCUCUACUGAGUACGCUCACUAUGCAGCUCUGGAUCCGAAAGAGUUAAUGAAGCUGUACUGGACCGUCGACUGGGAUCAAGAAACCGUGUCUUUUGCUGUUGAGGCGGCAACUACAGGAUGGGUAGGUUUCGGAAUCUCGUCAGGGAAUGGAAAGAUGGCCGGUAGCGACGUGGUCAUUGGAUGGGUAAAGGACUCCAAAGGCUAUUUGACGUGUCACCCGACUAACAUCCGGGACGUUCGGCAGUCGAAAGGCAGGAAAGAGAGAAGUCAUAUCCAGAGGUUGUGCAUGUGGCCAUGGUUAAUAGAGGGGAACUCUAUUAACUAUGGUGUGAAUUACAAAAUUUUCAGCGUUUCCAGGGAUUUUUCUGUCGAUUUAUAUAAGAUUGAAUGUUCGAAUUGA